GUCGCGCCGAUCAGAACAGUUUUGCGGAGUUUGGUAACCAUGGCGGACCCGUUGAGUCUGCUGCGGCAAUACAAUGUUAACAAGAAGGAGAUAAUCGAACGUGAAAACCAGAUUAUAUUCGGCGAGUUCUCCUGGCCGAAGAACGUUAAGACCAAUUAUCUGACUUACGGAUCUGGAAAAGAAGGCACACCCAAGGAAUACUAUACUCUCGAGUGUCUUUUAUUCUUGCUCAAACAUGUUCAGCUUACACAUCCAGUGUACGUACGACAGGCGGCCGCGGAGAAUAUCCCGGUGGUGCGUCGGCCCGAUAGAAAAGAUCUGCUGGCCUAUCUCAAUGGUGAGACUGCCACGUCAGCCGCCAUAGACAAAUCGGCACCGUUGGAGAUUCCAACACAGGUGAAACGUGCCGCCGAGGAUGGUCUGGAGAGCGGCUCGUCGAAGAAACCCCGUUUCGAGGAGACUCAUGUACAGAAGGUAAAGGAGCAGUUGGCCGCGCGUCUGGACGCUCCAAAGGAAGCCUCGGUCACUGUCGACAAUAUCAAAUCUCUCUCGGAGGCGAUGUCGGUGGAAAAGAUCGCCGCGAUCAAGGCAAAACGUCUAGCGAAGAAGCGCACUACAAUCAAGGAGAACGACGACAUCGGCAUGGGCUCGGACCUACGCGUGAUCCUCGACAUGGACGUAGACGACACGAAGGACAUCGUAUCUCGUGAGCGUCAGUGGCGAACGCGUGCCACCAUCUUGCAGAGCAGUGGCAAGAUCUUUGCGAAGAAUAUCUUUGCCAUUUUACAAAGUAUUAAAGCGCGCGAAGAGGGUAGACAAAAGGGACCAGCGUUGCCCACGCCAAUGGUGACGCCGCGCUCGACGCCCAUGCGGCCUCUACCGCAGCCGGCCGUCUACAAUCGUUACGAUCAGGAGCGUUUCAUUCGACAGAAGGAGGAAACGGAAGGCUUCAAGAUCGACACUAUGGGCACAUACCACGGCAUGACGCUAAAAUCCGUGACCGAGGGCACAAAUCCUGCCGUGAGGAAGCCCCCGAUCAAUCCGUCCAUCACGCCAACCUCUGGUUUACUGCCUACUUCCGCCGCUAAACUGACGCCUCAGCAAGCCGCACAGAACAAGCGACCCAGUCGGACGCCCAUUAUCAUCAUUCCCAGCGCCAAUACGUCUCUCAUUACCAUGUACAAUGCCAAGGACAUCCUCCAGGAUUUGAAGUACAUUAGCAAUGAGGACAAGCGGGCUCAGGGUUGCAAGAGGGAGAAUGAAGUGCUUCUUCAGCGACGCAAGGAAGGCGGUCUAACUGUACCUUAUCGAGUGGUCGAUAAUCCACAGAAACUCACCAACGCCGAUUGGGAGAGGGUCGUUGCCGUGUUCGUCAUGGGACCGGCCUGGCAAUUCAAGGGUUGGCCAUUCGAUGGCAAUCCGGUGGAAAUAUUUUCGAAAAUAUGCGCGUUUCACUUGAAAUAUGAUGAGAUGAGGCUGGACGCGAACGUAGCGCGAUGGGCCGUCACAGUAAUCGAAUUGAGUCGAACAAAAAGGCACUUGGAUAGAGCAGCUUUAAUGAUAUUUUGGGAACAUCUCGAUAAGCAUAUGAUCAAGAACAAGCCACAUCUUCGCUUUUGAAAUUUCAAAGCGAUUCAAAUUGCAGAAAUGGUAAUAUAUACCGAUCGCAUAGUGUCCUCCCACGGUUGGAAGAUCUUAUGAGAAGAUUUCGAAUCGUAAGAGAGAGGGUUUCUGGCGCUGUUGCGAUAUACUGAUCACGUGCGGAUAGGAAGUAUCCGCGAUAAGUGAUGUGAUGUGUGAUGACUGGACUGUUGUCACAUUAUGUUAGAUGCGUUUACAUUUUAUUGUUGCUUGCACAAAUAAAAUACUAAAAAAAUUA